AUGGGGGGAGGAGAAGGAGGAGGAACAACAUUGGAGUAUACUCCUACAUGGGUUGUUGCUGGAGUUUGCUCUGUUAUUGUUAUAAUAUCUCUUCUUCUUGAAAGGUUCCUUCACUAUCUUGGCAAGUUACUGAAGAAGAAAAAACAGAAACCUCUUUUUGAAGCCUUACUGAAGAUCAAAGAAGAGUUGAUGCUUCUGGGUUUCAUAUCACUGCUACUGACAGUGUUCCAAGAUGGGAUUACCACAAUCUGCAUAUCUGAGGAGUUGGCUAAUAAAUGGCUGCCUUGCAAGAAAGUAUCAACAACUACUGAAACUGACCAUUUACAAACUUUCUUCUCUGGUGGCUCAACACGUCGCCUUCUAGAUGAGUCCUCAGACUCCCCCUCUUCCUGUGACAAGGGAAAGGUUCCAAUUUUAUCAAUAACUGCAUUGCAUCAUCUUCAUAUAUUCAUUUUUUUCCUAGCUUGUCUGCAUGUGGCUUUCUGUGCUCUGACCAUUCUUUUCGGAAUGGCAAAGAUAAGACAAUGGAAGAAGUGGGAGGAUUUGGUCUCAAAUUUGGAGUAUGAUCUAGAACAAGCAAAAAGUUCAAAGUUUACACAUGUCCGGGAGCAUGAUUUUAUCAAGAAAAGAUUUAUGGGUAUUGGGAAGAACUUCUACUUCAUGGGUUGGGUGCAUUCAUUCUUCAAGCAGUUCUAUGUUUCUGUGAACAGAUCUGAUUAUAACACAUUGCGACUUGGCUUCAUUGCGACUCAUUGCAGAGGAAACCCAAAAUUUAAUUUUCACAAGUACAUGGUGCGUGCCCUUGAAGCUGACUUCAAGAAAGUCGUCGGAAUAAGUUGGUAUCUUUGGUUAUUUGUGGUUAUUUUCUUGCUGCUGAAUGUUGCUGGUUGGGAGGCUUAUUUCUGGAUCGCGUUCAUUCCCUUCUUUCUUCUACUAGCUGUGGGUACUAAGUUGGAGCAUAUAAUAAACGAAUUAGCCCAUGAAGUUGCUGAGAAACAUAUAGCGAUUACAGGGGACCUGGUUGUUCAACCUUCUGAUGCUCAUUUCUGGUUCCACAAACCUCAGAUUGUUAUCAUUUUGAUCCACAUCAUCCUAUUCCAAAAUUCUUUUGAACUUGCAUUUCUGUUCUGGAUAUGGGUGCAAUAUGGGAUUCACUCCUGUAUAUUGGGAGAUACUCCCUACAUUAUCCCAAGACUCAUCAUAGGGGCUUUCGUUCAGUUUGUCUGCAGCUAUAGUACUUUACCACUCUAUGCAAUUGUCACACAGAUGGGAACUUCAUUCAAGAAAGCAAUAUUUGAUGAACAUAUACGAGAGGGUCUUGUUGUUUGGGCUAAGCAGGCCAAAAAGAAGACAGUUGAAAGAAAAGGUGCUACUGCUAGUGGAUCUAGCCAAGUAGCUAGCCAAGCAUCUACCCAAGCAUCUAGCCAAGCAUCUACCCAAGUAUCUAGCCAAGCAUCUACCCAAGUAUCUAGCCAAGCACCUACAUUAUCUAGCCAAGCAUCUAGCCAAGUAACUAGCCAAGUUGGUAAACAGGAGGAUUCUCCAGGUGCAGUACAAUUGGCAAGAACAGGAUCACGGGGAUCUAAAACUGAAGAGAGAGAAGCAGGAGAUAUUAGCCAUGAAGCUGACUCUGAUAGGCCUAAAUGAACAGCAUCAUCCCCCAUAAAAUGCUGUGGCACUUACAAUUACUUUCCCCUCCUACAUGAGUUAAGAGAGAAAAUUCUGAAGAAAAGCUUUGUGUACUCUACUUCUGAGUCCAAGUUUUUUAUGAUUUUGUACCCUUUUUGCUUUCAUAAUUGUGUUAUAUCUCCAGAAUGCUCUGUUACAAAAUUAAUGCAUGUAAAGGGGAUUGGACAUUGUUAUCAA